AUGUCGUUCCCUCAAGCUACCCCCAUGAGGCCUGUGCCUGGCGCCUUCCUCAACACGCCUGCCGUUGUCUCACGAUACCAGUCUGGAGGUGCCUCGUCGGAUCCUACGCGUAGGCAACUGUUCCCACCGUCGGCACCUUCUGAGCAGCUGGGCGGCACUCCAGUGGCAUCUUCUGCUGCUGCCUCUGGGCCCAAUCCUAUCACGUCCGUGGCUAUGACGGCGACAGGAGGAGCUGUGGCAUCGACGGCCGUGACGCCCAUUGCUCCGCCGAGGGCAGAGACGGUGGCACCCGUCAUCAAGGCUGCUAGGGCUGUCAAUCAGUGUCUGCAGUCGGAUGAGAACUUCCCCGAUCUCGAUUCGUACAUCAGACAAGGAGUCUCCGCCGACUAUGAACUGUCCAGCCCCGAUGCGGCUUCGGCGCCCUUCCACAAGACAAACAUGUUCCCGAUACCGAACCAGGUCUUUGACCACUACAACUCGGGCAAGCUCCAGACGCUCAUGGGCCUGUUUGCCGAGAUCAGCCACGCCUGGGUCGUCAUCGACAACUCCAUCUUCCUGUGGGACUACACGCUCAGCGACCCGGAGCUGAUCGGCUUCGAGGACCAGCCGCACACGAUCCACGCCGUCGCCCUGGUGCCGCCCAAGCCGGGCAUCUUCGUCGACUCCAUCAACUACAUCUUGGCCCUGGCCACGUCGGCCGACAUGAUCUUGCUGGGCGUGUCCGUCACCACCACCCCGGCCGGCACGCGGUCCGUGGCCCUGUACCAGACCAAGAUGACGCUGCCCCUGCGCGGCACCGACGUGCGCAUCAUCGCCGGCUCCGCCGACGGCCGCAUCUUCUUUGGCGGAAGCAACGAGGUCGACGUCAACGAGCUCUACUACCAGUCCGAGGAGAAGUGGUUCUCCAAUCGCUGCGGCCGCAUCAACCACACCAACCCAGGCUGGUCGUCCAUCAUGACGCUUCAGUCGUCCUUCUGGGUCAACAAGGCCCCUGAGCACCUCGUCGACAUUGUCAUCGAUGACUCGCGCAACCUCAUCUACACCCUCUCCAGUGCCUCCACCAUCCGCACCUACCACAUGGAGCCGCCCAGCGGGCUCAAGAACGUCAUCGUCAAGGAGAAGAUCAGCUGCGUCCGCGAUAUAACACACAUGACGGACGACGCCAAGCUCCUCUCCAGCCGCAUGGAGAUCGUCUCCAUCAGUCCCAUCGCCAAGCAGGAGGCCUCCAAGCUGCACCUCAUGGCCCUGACCAACACGGGCUGCCGUCUCUUCCUUAGCGCCACCAACGCCUCGGCAUUCUAUAGCUCCUCUUCCAACCUCGCCCCCCAGAGCAUGCAGGUUCAGUUCAUCAAGUUCCCCACCCAGGAUGUCGCCCGGAGGCUCGCCAUGGCCGGCUCCGAGCUGCAGACCCUCAAGCCCAGUCGCCAGGGCUACCGCUUCCCGCCCGGAUACUUCCUCGACUUUGUCAGCAACGGCGUCGACAACACCGACUCCCUCUUCCUCGCCGCCCCCGAGACGGGCCGCAUCAAGAGUGUCUCGGCCCUGUCCACGGUCAAGUACCCCGAGAGUGCCAACUGGAUCGACAUUGGCAGCCGCGCCGAGGCCGUCGGCCUGACCACCAAGCCGUUCUCCGCCGCCGCCCAACCCGUCGGUUUCGGUAACGAGCUGGCCGUCCAGUUCGAUGAAGACCCUACCGAGUUUGCCGUCCUGACCAAUACAGGCGUCCACGUCAUCCGCAGGAGGCGCUUCGUCGACAUCUUCGCCUCCACCAUCCGCUCUGUCGUCGGCGAUGAGGGCUUCGACCAGGUCGCCCGCCGCCUCAUCCAGGCCUACGGCCGUGUCGAGACCGUCUCGGCCGCCCUGGCCGUCGCCUGCGGGCACGGUGGCGACUCGAGGCCCGGCGCUCCCCGCGCCAUCGACCAGAUAACCGAGGACCGCGCUCGCGGCGUCUUUGUCGACUACGGCGGCCAGCCCACCAUCACCGAGACAGACGGUACCGUGCUGACGACGGACUCAGUCAAGCUGUCGUCGCGCCAUGACGCCCUCGUCCUGUAUCUGGCGCGUCUGGUCCGCACGCUGUGGCGCGCACCCGUCGUCGAGCUGGGUCCCGCGCCCACGGGUGGCAUCGCCGUCAGCUCGUCCAUCCCGCUGCCCAAGCUGGGCGAGGUGCAGGAGUACGUCGAGCGCCUGCGCAGGUUCCUGCACGCCAACCGGGGGCUCAUCCAGGGCCUCUCGGGACCGUCCGACCUGCAGAGGGCAUCCUCGCGGCAGGAGGAGGUUGCGCUGCAGGCCGAGCACCAGGCCCUGCACGCGCUGCAGACGCUCAUGGAGAGCAUCUCGGAGGGUAUCUCGUUUGUCCUGAUGCUCUUUGACGAGCGCGUGGCCGACAUCUACACGCGCCUGGACGGCCCGGCCCAGGAGCAGUUCAAGGUGCUGACAUACGCGGAGCUGUUCGCCGACUCGGAUGGCAAGGAGCUGGCCAAGCUGGUGGUCAAGGCGAUUGUCAACCGCAACAUCGAGAGCGGUUCCAACGUGGAGACGGUGGCGGACGCCCUGCGGCGACGGUGCGGCAGCUUCUGCAGCCCGGACGACGUGGUCAUCUUCAAGGCGCAAGAGCAGCUCAAGCGCGCCUCGGAGCAGCCCCCCAACACGAGCCAGUCUCGCGCCCUGCUGGCCGAGAGCCUCCGGCUAUUUGAGAAGGUGGCGGGCAGCUUGUCGCCGGCCAACCUCCAAUCGGCCGUGGCGCAGUUUGUCGAGCUCAAGUACUACGCCGGUGCGAUCCGGCUGUGCCUGGUGGUGGCGCACGAGAAGGAUCGCGGCAACACGGCCCUGUCGUGGGUCAACGACGGGCGCCCCGCGUCGGACCCCCGCGCAGCGGCCUACAACGAGCGCAAGCGCUGCUACGACAUGGUCCACGAGGCCCUCAGCCACGUCGAUGCGGCGGCGGCCCGCGAGCCCGAGCUAGUCGACGGCAAGCUCACCCUCAUGGCCACCAAGCGCCUCGAGGCGUACGGCGUCGUCAACAACUCGGAUGACCAGGUCUUCCAUUUUGACCUGUACGCCUGGUACGUCAGCCAGGGCUGGACGGAUCGCAUCCUGGCCAUCGACUCCCCUCACGUGGUCACGUUCCUCAAGCGCCUCGCGUCCACCGACGUCCAGCACGCCGACCUCCUCUGCCGCUUCUACACCAACCGCAGCCGCUUCUUCGACGCCGCAGAGGUCCAGGUCCAGCUGGCCACGUCGGACUUCCCCCUGGGCAUCAAGGACCGCAUCAGGCUGCUUAGCCUCGCCAAGGCCAACGCCAACGUCUCGACCGUGGGCGUCAGCCGCCAGCAGCAGCAGCUGCUCAACCACGAGGUGUCGGAGCUGCUGGAGAUUGCCAACAUCCAGGAUGACCUGCUGGAGAGGCUCCAUGCCGAUGUGCGCUUUGAUGAGGAGAGGCGUGUCCAGGUUACACGUGAUCUUGAUGGAAAGAUUGAAGAUCUAUCAACGCUCUUCAACAGCUACGCCGACCAAGCCGGCUACUACGACCUUUGCCUGCUCAUCUACCACGCAGCCGACUACCGCACGUCAACGACGAUUGCGGGGACGUGGACCAACCUGAUCCACCAGGUGCACGAUGAGGUCCUGCAGAGCCGGGAGUCGGCGGACCCAACCUCGCUGUCCACGACGCCGAUGCCCUACGAGGCGGUGUCGUCCAAGAUCCAGACCAUAGCGCACCACCUGUCCCUGGACAGCUUCGUGUUCCCCAUCCCCACGCUGCUUCCGGAGCUGUGCCGGUACGCCGUAGCUGAGGGCCAGGACCGCAGCAUCGGCGCGGACCCGUGCUGGCCGGUCCGACUGUUCCUCACGCUUGGCGUGUCGCACGACAUGGUGGUCCGCGUCCUCGAGGGUGUCUUCGAGACGGAGGACUGGGGCUUCAGGGGAGCCACGCGCAGCCGUGUCAUCGAACUCAUCGUAUUCGCCGUGGGUGAUUGGGUGGCUGAUGUGCGUCGUCGCGGAGGUACCGGCAAGGGCGGGGCCAUCGGCCCCGCUGUCGGGGAGCUCCUGCAGAAGUGCGAGACCGAGCUCCCCGCUCCCGGGAGGGGGCAGAACCCCGGCGGCGCAGACCUGGCUGAUAUCAGGGCGGCGCUCAGGUCGUUGAGGAGAGAGGUUGCUGGGUUGGUGGAGAGGCUACCUGUGGGUAGUAUGCGGUUCAUGUGA